CGCUGUGGAGGAUGUGAUUCCCAGGCUCCCAUGGGCCCUCUUGUUAGCAAGGUAUUUUCAGUGUUUUGCAUGAUUUUUCUCCCUCCACUGAAAAAUGCCUGAAACUACAGGAGAGCUGUCUCAUGGCCCAUUAGCAUUCUGUUUACUGCAUGAAGCUGAGGAUACGUGUUAAAUGUGUCGAGGAGUGCCAUGCAGGACUGGUGGAGGUGAUUGAGGGCUCCAAGUAGGCUGGGAUGGCACUGGAAGACUAUGUACAGCAGAGGGAGCAAAACCUGCUCCUGUCUCAUCCCUGCUUCAUUUUGAGAGUGAUCCCGAGACCAACCACGGUCAAAUCUUGGAAAGAAAUGGUGCUGUCUCCAGCUGGACCCACUGGGGAAGUCCAGGCCAGAGGUGGAGGGCAAGCGUGCGGAUGGACACGGGCACAGUACUUGAACUUGCUUCUCGCCCCUCUUUUAUUCAGCCAUGGUAACCUUCAGGGUUCAGCUCUAGCCACGAGUAGAAAAUCCAAUAUUUUCUUGAAACGUGUUUCUGGUAAUUGUAAUUCUGUGCUGCUCUCUUCUUUAUGAUGGAGAACAUGAUCUGCUUUCCAAGGCUACUAACGCUUCUGAGCCCAGCCUGCCUCCUUGCCCUUGAUCAGAGCAGCAGCCAUGGAGCCCUGUCUCAGAGCCGCAGAGAAGUGCCGGAGAAAAGCAGAGAACAAAACCAGAGGAGCAGGCUGCUAUAGGAGCCAGCUUCACUUCUUGCCAUUGCAUUGUGCUGCAGCAUAGCUCCAGGUCUCUUUCCCUCUGUUUCUGAGCUAUCCCAUAGCCCUUAGGGUCUGCAUUAACUCCAUGUCCAUCAAAGCUGGCAUGGCAUAGGAACUUAAAACAUAAACCAAACUCACUCCUCACCCCUUUUACCAGAAGAAAAGAGGAAGGGGUCGACAGAGGAGUCUGCAGAACUCACUGUGUGUGGCCUGGACAUGAAAGUGGCGUCCCUGGCCCUGUGGCUGUUCUGAUGGUUCUAAUUGAUGUCCAACAAGAAAGCUGGAAAUGAUUUAGAGAUGAAGAAGAAAGGAAUGGCACUGCCAUUUAGAGAUGAAGAAGAAAGAUCAAUGUCCUUCCUGUGUUGGGGACCCCAGAGCUGGAUGUAGCCUUCCAGGUGGGCUCUCACCAGAGCAGAGAAGAUGGGCAGAAUCACCUCCUUUGACCUGCUGGCCACACUGCUUUUGAUGCAGCCCAGCAUACAGUUGGUUUUCUAGGCUAUGUCAUUCAUAUAGCAGUGGAAGGCUUUAUCAGCUCUUGCCGAGGCUUUACCCUGCACUCAGCACUCAAGGCUGGAGCUAUAGUGGAGGAAAAUGGAGCCUGUAGAUCUCCUGGCAUUUGCCUCUGUAGAAAUGAAUAGUACAAGAAUCACUCUGGCUUUGCUGGUGGUCUUCCUGGUCCUGCUGUAUUGGUACUCCACAUCUGCAUUCUCCAAACUAAGCAGAGUCGGGAUCCGACAUCCUCCACCUCUUCCUUUCAUUGGAAAUCUGCUCUUUUUCAGUGAGGGUUUUUGGGAAAACCACACAAAACUCAUUACGGAAUAUGGACCUGUUUGUGGGUAUUACAUUGGUCGCCAGAUGUUUGUGGUGGUCUCCUCACCAGACAUGAUCAAGCAAAUCUUAGUGACAGACUUCAGUAACUUCACCAACAGAACUAAGCCGAACUUGAUUUCCAAGCCAAUGCUUGACAGCAUCCUUUGUCUUCGAGAUGACAGAUGGAAGUAUGUGCGGAGCCUCCUGACCCCAGCGUUCAGCGACACCAAACUGAAAGAGAUUACACCACUAAUAAACCAGGCCUGUGACAUCCUGCUGUGUAACUUGAAAGUCUACGCAGAUUCUGGCAAAGCUUUUGAUAUCCAGAGGUGUUACAACUGCUUUACGUUGGAUGUCGUUGGUAGCGUAGCUUUUGGUACUGAUGUGGAUUCCAAGAAGAAUCCUGAUGACCCCUUUGUUAAGAAUUGUAGAACAUUCUUUGAAAUGUCUUUGUUUAAGCCUCUCCUCAUUCUAACCCUUUCUUUCCCAUUCAUAAUGAUCCCACUGCUACGCAUUUUUCCAAACAAGAAACAAAAGGAACUGAAUGGAUUUUUUAUCCAAACCAUAAAAAAUGCAAUUGUCUACAGGCACCAGCAAGAUGCAGCUGAGAGGCGCAGUGAUUUUCUCCAGUGGAUGCUUGACUCCCGUGACUCAGCUGACUCCCUGGCAGCCGGGUGUUCUGAUGUGAUCAGCCCAUCUGCUGCUUCCAGACAGAAUGAGGCACCUCUUCCUGGCAGGGCCCCAUCUGAAAAGCUUCAGAAGACAUUAACAGAGGAUGAGAUAGCAGGCCAAGCUUUCCUGUUCCUGAUUGCUGGGUAUGAGACCACCACUAGCACACUGUCCUUUGCCACAUACUUGCUAGCCACCAAUCCAGAGUGCCAGGAGAAGGUGCUUCAGGAAGUUGAUGAGUUCUCUGCAAAACACAUGGUCCCUGAUUACCAAAAUGUACAAGAACUCCCUUAUCUGGACAUGGUGAUUGCAGAGACAUUGCGCAUGUACCCACCUGCAUUCAGAUUCACUCGGGAAGCAGCUAAAGACUGUGUAGUGCUGGGGCAGCAUAUUCCAGCUGGGGCUGUCAUUGAAACUGCAGUUGGACACCUCCACCAUAACCCUGAGUUCUGGCCAGAGCCUGAGAAGUUCAUUCCUGAGAGGUUUACAGAGGAAGCCAAGAAGAAACGACAUCCCUUUGCAUAUCUGCCCUUUGGAGCAGGACCUCGUGGCUGCAUUGGCAUGAAAAUGGGUUUGUUGGAGACAAAAAUGACUCUGCUGAGGAUUUUGCAGAAGUUUCAAUUCAAGACCUGCCCAGAGACUGAGAUUCCUUUAAAGCUCAAAUCAAAAGCCACACUUGGACCAAAAAAUGGAGUCUACAUUAUGCUAGAAUCUCGCUAAAAGAAAAUGUACAUCCUGAAGCCUACUGGGAUAAGACCCCUUGUUAGUGACUCACUAACAAAAUAUAACUAUUUUUCAAAACCCCAAAGACAGCUAGGAGCCUAAGUCCCACUGAUGGUCAGUAGGUGCUUCCUCAGUGCCCUCCUGUGGGAGAGCCUCCAGUCACCUUUUAAAAUGGGCUCCACAGUCUAUUUUGGCAGUUUUCGAAUCACUGUGAAUAGCAUCUGUAAAGUAGCAUCCCACUUUCACUUGUUUUUCACUUCCUUUCACUCAUCUUUGAGAAUGCUUUCCUCCUGCUCAAUUUCAACAAAUGGAGCAGGUGUUAAGCGUACAAGCAAUUUAAAAUAGAUUUUAAUUACAAUUCAUUAUAUGGCACAUCCUUCUCAUGCACUUCAAAGUUUCUACUCUAGAGAAAGCCCAAAAGGCACCACAAUUACAACAGAAAACCUGGGAUGCAGUGCGUUGGAUUUUGUCAUCAACUCUGCUAACAAUCAAAGCUGAGGCUCCUGCACAAUGCUUAAUCUCUUCCUGUGUCUGUAAAAUGGAAAGAGUUGCACCUCCUUCAUGCUUUGAAGUGAUUUUAUAUACACUUAAAUUAACAAUUUGCACUUGGCACGUUGCAUUGAUAGAGGAUUGAGGAGUUUCCCUGCUUACCAGUUAAGUUCCAGUAGCUAAGACCAAGGAAAUGAGCUGACUGCCAUUUUGCUGGCUACUGAACUGCUGUUGGAAAACUGGAGAAAAAGAAGAUACAAAUUUAAAACAAGCAGGAAAACUGAAGGAAAUUGAAGGUUAAUCAGAAGGUGUUGUUACAACAUCUGCUUCAUGAUAAGGCUUUUCCUUUCCAAGCAUGGCAGUUGUCUAGCUCCUUGACUCAAGGAAAUUAAGAGCAUGCAUGCACUAGAGCCAAUGUUAAAGGAGUGGGAUCCAGGAUCAUCAGUCCCAGCAGCUCUCUUGACUCCUUAUGUGACUCUGGAGCAGCUCAUGUCCCAGGUGCCUCACUCGCCUCAGGAAGGAACUUGUCUGAUUUCCGGCUGCAGCAGCACCGUGGAUCCAUUCAAGCUGUAUGACUGUGCACAUGCAUCUUCACAGCCAAAACAGCUGUACACUUCCAGUCGUCAGAUUUUCUCCAUGCUCUUUCCUACUUCUCUACAAAGCCCUUCAACCACCACACAGCUAGUGGAGCAACACACAGCAGGGAUCAAUUGACAAGGAAAAUCCCCACACCUUUCCUUCAGUGGGUGCCACAGACUGGUUGUCUGUACAGUUGUGCUGGUUUUGUCUCAGAUAAUUUUCUUCAUGGCAGCAUGGGGCUCUGUUUUGGAUUUGUCUUUCAUUAUUAGCAGUGCUUGAACAGAGUCAAGGCCUGUUCUUCUUCUCACACCACUCCAUCAGCAAGGAGGCUUGGGGAUGGACAAGCAAUUGGGAGGGGACACAGCUGGGACAGCUGACCCCCACUGACCACAGGGACAUUCCAUACUGUAUGGCAUCAUGCUCAGCAUAUAAAUCUGGAGGAAGAAGAGGGAAGGUGAGGACAUUCAGAGGGAUGGUCUUUGUCUUCCCAAAUCACUGUCAUACAUGCCAGAGCCCUGCUGUCCUGGGGAUGGUGGAACACCUACCUGCCCAUGGGAAGUAGUAAAUGAAUUCUUUGUUUUGUGUGUGGCUUUUGCUUUACCAAUUAAACUGUCUUUAUCUCAACCCAUGAGUUUUCUCACUAUUACUCUUCUGAUUCUCUCCCUCAGCCCACUGGGGGGAAGUGAACCAGUGGCUCUGUGGGGCUUAGUUGCUGGCUGGGGUUAAACCAUAACAAAACCAUGAGAAGAAGUUGG